GAUACGUCUUUAUACACAACGUCGUAACGUAUGUUCCUGUUAGUACAGUACAUACUGGACUACACUUAAGUUUCGCAUAGUACUGUGGCUGAAUAAGGGAUACCAAAUAAAACACUGCCAACAAUAACCUUAAACUGCCGUAAUACGUGGCUCUGAAAUCCACGGACCCGAAUUUGCCGCGAAACCCAUAUUUCCUUUGGAAAAGGCUUGGUCAGACUUUUGCGUAACAAUAUUCGGUUUCGAAUACAGGAUUCCGUUUUAUUUUGUCGAUAGUAUGAGCGUUUAAUUAAGUCGCACGUGCAUUUCUUGCCCAGAAGCUUUGUAUUCAACAAGCUUUCCUGAAGCGGGGCUAUUCAUUCGAGCUCAACCAAGGUUUAUCAGACUUUUUCGUAGUUCUUGCGACAGGCCAGGUGCCUGUGGGUCAUCUUACCGUCAGCGCUUUAUCGUGAACCUUGCAACCUUGUUUGAUGAUCUGCUAGUGUUAUUCGUCUUCUCUGCCGGCUGUUCACUUUCUCAUCUUGCCCGUACACCUCCAAAAAUCAAAGCCCCCCACCGCGAAAAAUAUGGUGAUCAUGUUUUCCGUAAGGCUUCCUUAAUCAGCUCUGCCACCGAAUGUGUUCCUUACAUGUGUCGCCCAUGGAAUGCAGAACGAUAACACCGAUGAAUACGACCAAUUAAACGACGCUACAUCAUCUGCACCCAGUCCACAAUCGCGGAUGCCUGGAUUAUACAGUCUCCUGACCGCGCCCUCCAUGUCUGCUUUUCCUCUCGUCAAAUCCGAGCCCUACGAACCAUCCCUUCCGUCAGAUCUGUCCGGGAAUGCUCACGCCGAGUUCCUCCAUCAACGGUCUUUCGCUGGUCCUGAAGACGACAGUCUUACCGCCAGCGGGAGUAAUGCUGGUACCACUGCCGUUCCUACAUGCCUGGACGAGCUGGAGUGGAAUACCUUCAAAGCGACCGCCUCGCGGCAGCUUCAAACCCUCUCGUCAGAUGUCAUUCAUAAUGCGGUACGGCAGAAAAGGUCACGAGGGUAUAUUGCCCGGAUGCUGGCCGAACAGCAGAAAGAUGUUACGGUACCGACUGCCGCAUCAUCGGUGCCCUCGUCAGACAGCGAAGAGCCGGUGGUUAAAAAGAAACGGUGUACGAGAACGGCGACUCCAGAAACUGACUUUGCCCCGGUGGAUAAUUCACUGCUUGAUGAUCCCAUGGCCGCCAUUAAUAUGCGCAAAUGGCGGGUUAAAACCGUGGUGGAUGAGCAUAUCUUCAUGAUGCGCUCGUUAUCCGCCACGACAGUUAGCACGACGAAAAUGCCCGGUGAUUUAAAACACAUGGAUCUCAAACCGCGCCUGCUGAGCAGCGACCGCAGCGCCAUUCUCCUGUAUCAAGGCGAGAUGAAGAAACUGCUGGAUAGUGAAUAUGAAAUCCUGCAGCAGUUGCGCGAGUGUCUGCGUCCCGUAACGGUGACCAGUAGUAUGGUGGAUGAGCAGUUCUUAGCCACGGAAAUCAUCACCUCCUUCGAUGCACCGCUGGGCUGGGACAAUCCGUCCGAUCUGUUAUUGUGACCUUUUCCUUAUUUCGUGAUCUGUGGCAUGUGAUCCCAUACGGGCAACCGGAAUUACCGGUUUUCGUAUUUGACUGUAAUCCUGUUUUCGUGAUCCGCUUUUUACUGCCUUACCGUUUGUUACUGAAAGCUUGGUGUUCCUCUGUUUUGUCGCCGUCCAUUUGGUUCGUCCGAAAUUACCUUACGUGUUUUUGAUUUUAAAAACCGAAUUUCCUUGCGUUUGCUUUACUGACAAUGAAU